AUGCUAGCAGAGUUCAAUUGCCCCAUCUGCUUGGCCUGCAUGAGAGAGCCUGUCACCAUUAAGUGUGGGCACAACUUCUGCCAGUCCUGCCUCCAACAGUGCUGGGAACAUCCUCCAGACAGUUCAUCUUGCCCUGUGUGCCGGCACCUAUGUCAGAAGGGACACUGGAUUACCAACAGGAAGCUGGCAAGAAUGAUUGACAACACUCAGUUCAUCCAAACAAGCAGCAAUGAAGUGAGGCAGCAAGAGGAGAACCUGUGUGAGAGGCACAACCAGGUGCUGAGUCUCUUCUGUGAGGAGGACCUGGAGGUGCUCUGUCCUGGCUUUGUUCAGGCCCAUGACCAAAAGGACCACCAUGUAAGGUCUCUGGAGGAGGCUGCUUCUUAUUACAGACACAAGGUAAAUGGUUCCACCACACUCUUGAUGGAACAUUUAGCAAAAUUAGAGGAAGUGGAAGAGAGGCAAUACAUAAUGUUCCAGGAAGUGAAAGACCAAAUAAGUAAACAGAAGUCAGAGAUAGCCUCUGACUUAGAGCAGUUGGCUGAACUUGUGGACAGCGAUAAAGAGGCAGCUGUCUCUAGAGUAACUCAAGAGAAAGACAACAAUCUGCAGAGAAUAGACAAGAAUAUCACUGACUUUAAAGACUGCAUCUCCAUCACUGAGGCUCUGUUCCAGGAGGUUUCAAAGAGGAGUGUGAUGCCAGACAUGAACAUUCUGAGUGACACCAAGAGGAUUCAUCACCAGUGUGAAAGCCUGGAGGUUCCAAUUGUGUGCUCCUUCCAGAUAAGGAGGGAGAGGUGCAGUUUCCCUCCACAGAUUUCAGCUCUGGAGAAGAUUGAACAGAAAUUCAGAGCCGAGGUGACUCUGGAUCUACACACUGCACACCCUCUUCUUUGUGUGUCCAAGGACAAGCGAUCUGUGAUACUGAGGAUGAGAAGGAGUGAAGAUCUCCAGAGACAGCAGACGCCUCCACUUGACCUUGAAGUUCUGGGUUCUGAAGAAUUCCAUUCUGGCCGCUAUUACUGGGAGGUGCAGGUGAAUGACAAGCCCAGCUGGGCCAUAGGGCUGUGUAGCCACUUCCCCUCCAGCAGGGGGCAGCAGCAGCCAAGGUCUGGUCUGAACAGGCGUUGGUGGACCUGCAAGAUGGAGACUAUGUGGCAGGAGGUGCCUGUCCUGUUCCUCUGGCCUUAA